UAGGACUGAACGACGAUCGGGCUGCGCUGCAGCUAUGGCGGCGCCGUUAGCUCAUUUCGAUGAUGAGUGGCAGGAUUUUAACGAAUUUAAAACGGUGUCCGGAAAGGAUCAUCAGCUAGACAGGGUUAAUCUGAACGUACAGGAUGUCACGGGGCUCUUAGAAGACUUCCCGGAGCUCGAUAACGGUUUCUCCGGGGAAAUCGGUAGUUUUAAAUCGAUGGAGGACCUGGUGAACGAUUUCGACGAGAAGUUGACAGUGUGUUUCCAAAAUUACAGAACCAAGACGGAAAAUAUAGCACCCGUGAGUCCAAUCGCCGAGGAAACUAUCCUGAAGAAUGACGAGAUCUGGAAUGCUCUGACGGACAACUACGGGAACAUCAUGCCCGUGGACUGGACACGGUCUCGGACCCGCUCCCUCCAUCUUCCCACACUCAACCUGAAUGAAGAAUCUAGAGUGGAUAACGUGAACCUUGACCUGUCAGACGACGAGGAGUUGAGGGAGCAGAUGGACAUGCACACCAUCAUUGUGUCCUGCAUCCACGAUGAGCCGCUGUUCACCGCAGAACAGGUUAUCGAGGAGAUAGAGGAGAUGAUGCAGGAUUCUCCAGACCUGGACGCUGAGCAGCACCCGUCUCAGUCUGACCUGUCUCUGCUCUCUCUCGAACUGCACAGGUCCAGCACCAGCCACAGCUACGAGGAACGAGUGCGGACACUGUGCAUGUCGGAGCUGACGGAGCUGCUGGAGGAGGUGGAGUCGGCCAUCCGGCGCUACUCGGAGGAGCUGGUGCAGCAGCUGGCUCUGCGGGACGAGCUGGACUUCGAGAAGGAGGUGAAGAACAGCUUCAUCUCGGUGCUCAUCGACGUGCAGAACCGCCAGAAGGAGCACCGCGAGCUCCUGAGGAAGAAGAAGAAGCUGAAGGCCGGCGGAGGAGGAGGUGGAGGAGGCGUUGCGAUGCCACCGGGCCGCUUUGACCGGAACCUCGGACCUGGAACACGCUUCAGCAUGGAGGGCAUCUCUACUGCCAUUCAAAAUGGUUUCCGACAAACUUUUGGGACUGGGGGCGGGGACAAACAGUAUCUGACCACCGUGAUACCUUACGAGAGGAAAGGAGGCCCCCCAUCAGUAGAAGACCUUCAGAUUCUCACCAAAAUUCUUCAGGCCAUGAGGGACGAUAGCGAUAAAGUGCCAAGUCUUCUAACAGACUACAUCCUCAAAGCUUUGGUGUGAGCAGACGGACAGAGAGUGCUCUGCCCCACAUAGAAACAGACGAAUUCUCACCAGUCCAUCAAAACGACACACUUCAAAAACAACAGGAAGGUUUUUUUUUUUCUCACUGUGAAUUUUGUAACAUACAACAUUCUUUAUUUAUAUAUGCAUGAGAUUUUGCCUUUCAUUAAGGGUCCUUUAUGUUUUUGUUUUUGUUUGUCUUUUGCAUGUUUACUACUGUGUGCAUACUGUACAGACUUCAAAAUGUCGCUGUGGGUUGGAAUCUUCAGCUUUGCAUUUUGCACUAAGCGUCCACAUUAAUGCUCAUAGUAUUUGGGCAUUUACAACAUGAGUCAAGACUUGCUUUUAGCUCAUAGUAUCCCACAGUACAAUGCAUGUAUGUUUGCAAACAACUAAGUACAACUUUGGGAAUAUUGUUGGUGAAAACAAUAAUGUCAAGAGGACUAUGAAUGAGUAUGAGGAGUUUGAACUAGUUGUGAUGGGCUAAAAAUGUGGCCAUUGAUUGAAAUAGGAAAGUGCAUCGGCAGUGGUGUUUAGAUUGAGGCUUACGGAUGUCGGUGACAGAUAUCAGUCGUGGUUUGGAAGCAUAACAUAGCGUCAUACAGCCAUGUGAGGCUGUGUUAGCCUUGCUGCAGACAUUUUUAAAAGGUGAUGUUAUUUAGUGAUUGUAUGCAUUAGUCCAAACUGUAAUGACUGUUUGUAUACCUCAGAGAGGUACAGGCAAGUUUCACCAAUCAUUUUAUGGUAUGAAAAAUAUAAUUUCAAACUCUUUGAAGAUCUUCAGUGAAGAGAUCAUAUCUGCUGUUAUAAGACCAGCCUUUAUGUGGCAUAUGAACAGUUUGAUUUAUUUAAAGUUUGAUUGAUUGCAUUUUUCUGAUAAUCCUACUGCAGGUGUGGACAUAAUUUAAUCAACUAACAUGUGAAAACAUGCUAUAAAAAUGUAAUAUAUUUUUCACUAACAAAAUAUGGAUUGUAAAAUUCAGACUUAGCACUGUAGAAAAUGUAUUUUAAGAUAUUCUCACAGAAGUUGCUUGCAACCACUGUUCUGUGUAGACUAUAGGAGGAAUGUAGGGUUUAAACCGAAGUAGCUUAGUGUGGAAUGAACAUUAUUCUGAUCUCAUCAACCAUCAGAAUCAGAACAUAGAAUCAGAACUGAUCCGAAUCAGAGCUUGGAAUCAGAACUGACCAGAAUCAGAGCUUAGAAUUAGAACUGAUCAGAAUCCUUUCCAAUCCGUUGCUGUGCAGAGUAAAGGCCUUCACGCACUGAGUCUGUAUAUUUUAAUACAACCUCACCUUAUGUCAAUCACGUUUGCAAACAGACAGCAAAACGUUCCAGAACAAGCUAGAUAUUUAGCAUUUUUUGCAUCUCUAUGAUGUCUGUGAAGGACAUGACCUACUGCAAUAUUAUGUAUUUGAUAGAACAGGAAACCGUGACACUGAACAAGUUUAUUUUUAGAUGCAGUAUUAGCAUCCCAUCUGAGCAUCAGACAGUCUAAAGCAGAUCCCAUGGUUCUCCAUACGGUCUAAAGCAGAUCCCAUGGUUCUCCAUACGGUCUAAAUCAGAUCCCAUGGUUCUCCAUACGGUCUAAAGCAGAUCCCAUGGUUCUCCAUACGGUCUAAAUCAGAUCCCAUGGUUCUCCAUACGGUCUAGGUCUUCGGGGUGUUGCAGUUCCAAUCCUAAGGAUUGAGUGUUGAUUUGGUAGUAUGAUAAAGGUUAAAUGAAAUGAUUAAUUACCCUACAAGCAUACCCAGUCCUUCGUCUUUACAGGGGGCAGCUGGGACAUUAGGGAAUGCCUAUAUGGGAAUAUACAGGAUGUGUAUGUGUAUAUAGGAUGAAUAUGUAAAUAGUAUGCUCACUUUAUGUGCAUCGCUCCUUUUGUGUGUCUCACACCGCAGAUUGCGAACUGAGAUUAAAUCAUGUUGUGGUUAAAUAACUAAGUCACCAAAACCACCAAAACCACCAAAACCUGUCAAAAUAUGCAGUAUCAGGCCGAGAGAUUGCGAUCUUCUGAAAGUGAUUACCUUUGUGACACUGAAACUGAACUAGCUCAAUAUUCUGGUAGCAAUAACAAACAACAGAGGCUCCAAGGAAAACAAUAACUACCUGAACCCUCCUUAGCGUUAUCAGUUGAGGACAUCUUGGACAGGCUCGAGGGAUAAACCAGUACAGAACCGUCCAGAAACUUGGAGGGAGGGAGGGAAAGACUUCUACUGUGUCUGCCAACACUGAGCAAAAAACACUAACACAGCUUACUGCAGCUUUAACUGUAUUUCAGUAGUUGGAGGAGGUGCUGGUCUAGGUAUACUGUAGCGUUGCAUAGAAGAAAAAGUUCUUGCUAGAGAGACUAUCAUCUAGAGCACACUCUCUCUUUUUGGUGGUGGUUGCUCAACGACACUUUCAGGAAACACAGUCCUGACUGGGUCAGAUCAGCUGAGUCGUGGUUCUGUAUUAGUAAAGGAGGGCAGUUUCCAGUGGGAUUAAUACAUGGGCCUUGUCCUAAACUCUUUUCACUGACGUUUUCCUUUCAUUUAUGACAGGUCUUGAUCCAUGUAUGGGAAACGACUCCCCGUUGUUAGGUUAGAUACAGCCUCUUUGUAUGGGAAACUGCUCCCCAUAGUUAGGUUAGAUACAGCCUCUUUGACAGCAUUAUCUCAGGCAUGUGGUGCACUUUUGUCUUUUGAUGUCAUUUUUUAUUUAUAUUUUUAUGUCUCCCUGUUUCCUUAAUGUCCUUGUUUACACUGUUCUUUUAAGGUUUAUUUACUGACUUGCUAAAUAGAUCUAACUUUUUGUCAAUGUUGCAUUUUCAGUGUAAAACCAAAAUAUUAUUUCAACUGAAUUGCAAUUAAAACUAUUUCUCUGA